CCUAAAUAAACGAUAUUGCUCCAGCUCCCUUACAUGCCACGUUGGUUGUCCAUGUGAGCAUUCUUUGUCUACACACCUGCCACAGAGAACCAAUACAUUCAUCCUUCCACUUCUUCUCAGCCGAUCGACGCUCAACCCGAUUACUAGCUGCCGCGCUGUACUGCACUGCUCUUCUUGGUCGCAACCGGCCCACCUCCAGCACCACGAAUCCCAAAGCUUCUUGUUGUUUUUCGUCACCGAACGCGCAACCUCCACACUUUCUUGUCGAGUACAGGGAAGACUGUCAACUCUCUUCUUGCGAGUCGGUUGUACGGCAGCUCGUUUCACUCCCAUUGUAUCACGGUCUUUCAAGGCGUACUCGAAAUGUUCAUGACCUCCGAAACACACAACAGCCACGAGGCAUAGCCCAGCCGUCUUCGUUUCUAGGUAUUCAGGACCGAUACAUCAGCCGAUCAUCAUUAUGGCAGCCCCCGCAAAGUCGACGCGUUGGGGCUCUUUCCUCCAGCAGGCUGUUGCCGGCGUCGAGGCCCGUCUCGAUAACAUGCUUGCUGAGGGAGAGAAUGGAGCUAUCCCACCGCAAGCUCCCCAGUCUGCUACAGCUUCUACCACGGCUCCCUCCAAGGACCAGCAAAUAAGCCAGCCUCGAUCCUCAACGAGCAGCCGUACCAACGACCGCCUACAAGAGCGUCUUGCAAAGGCCAUUGCCGCUAAAAACACCCAGCCGUCCGAUGCCCGUAGCAUAACAUCCGACUCCCAGAGUGCUCGACCGAGCGCUGAUGGCGGCCGUCCAGGAGCCGGUACGCUUCCAAAACGGGGUGCCGAUACCAUCAGCCUGGCAAACACUCCAACGCCGGUAGCUGUCACGACUGAGGCCGCCGUACCCAACAACACCGUGCAGAAUGAGGGCGAUAUCGUCGAGGCUUCCAAAGAAGAUCCUCUGGAUAGCCAGCGAGCUCCGAAUUCGCCAGAGAGGAGCCGAGACUCGGAGGCUCAACAAGACAGUGUCUCUGCCGCCCCCGGCCAACAACCAGAACUCGAGACGGCCACCACCUUCACUGGCAACCGUCUCGAAUGCCAGGAUUGUGCCGUACUUCAUGCACAGGUCGAGGCUCUGGAAGCUAGAGCAGAACAGUCAGCAAAAGAGCAACAGGAGGAGAUGCAUCGUUAUGUCGAACAGUUUGAGUCCAUGCAGGCAAAGCUGCAAUUCCUGGCACGGGAUGCUACAGACGCCGCACGAACGUCUGCAGCGGCGGCAGCUGCGGGGACUCACGAGCGAAUACUCGCCGAAAGGGACAUGAAGAUUACGGCUCUUAUGGACGAAGGCCGGAAUUUGGCCGCUACUGAGCAGAAACAUCGGGUCAUUAUUAGGAAACUCAGGGCGCAGAUCGCAGGCGACGAGAAAACUUUGGGAGAGCUACGUGCUCGUCAAGAAAAGCUGAUUGCCGACAUGGAGACUCUGCGGCCCCGAGCCAGUCGCGUUGAGGAACUCGAACAGUCGAACCAAGAACUGCAGAUCAAAUCCAACGGAAUGCAAGAUGAACUAAGCGCGUUGCGCGAUGAAGUGUCAACUAAUAAAUCAACAAUGCAGAGGCUACGGGAUGAUCUCCGGAGGGCCUCUGACCAGGCUACUUCCGCUGUAGGCAAAGCGACCGAGGAGGCGCUAACCGCCGAGAAACGCCGCGUCAAAGAUCUUGAAGAUACCGUUGCUGCGUUGCAGCUGGAGCGAAGCCUCAUCGCUGGCCGGGCAAAGGAAAGUGCAGCAGAGGCAGAAGCAAAAGCAGCGCGCGCCGCCGAACGCGCCCGUGCCAAGGAACUCGAGAUGAAGGGGGAGCUUCAAGCAAUGGAGGGGAAGCUGGAGGCGAUGCGUGCGCUAGCAGAAGAAGCGUCCUCUGGCGCUGUGGGUGAUUCUCAAGUCAAACUUUUGCGUCAAGUGGAAACACUGCAGACACAGCAUGCCAUUGCUGCCGAAAAUUGGCAGGGUAUCGAGGCCAGUUUGGUCGCAAGAGUAGCCAACCUUGAGCGCGAGAGGGAUGAUGCUCUGCGACGCGAAUCAGACAUGCGGAAAAAGGCUAGAGAGACUGCAACCCGAUGCAAACGCCAGGAUGAGGAGCUUCAAGAGCUCACGAGCAGGUUUCCGAACUAUCAACGGGAUAUCGAGAGUGUUCAAGCUCGUAAUGAGACGCUGCAGAAAAGAGCAGAGAGCGCCGAGGCAGCGCUAUCUCAGGCGAGGCUCGACCUCGAAAAGCAGCAGACAGCUUGGAAGAAUGAAACCGUUGAGCCCGACCGUCGGCCUUGGCUGGAAGACCACUUACCCGGUCCUGGAUCUAGAGUUCAGAGUCGCCCAGACUCGCCCUUGCUUUCCGUACCUACGCGCACGAUGAGUAAUGACCUGCUACUUCUGCACAGUGUAUCUGGCAAGGGUCGUAAGAUAUCGACCCCGACUAGCGGAACAGACGGCUUCCAAGAGGGUUCACAGCUAGGGAGAAGACUGUCAAGCCAGCCUCCAGCCAGACCGCCCAUGCUGCCCAGCGGCUCCAGUCUACCGGUUGCGCCGUCCAUUACUUCGUUUGAGUUGCCUUCAGACUCGUUGCCUACGCCCACAUCCUAUGCAGGCGACAAGGACGAUUUGUUUGACGGCGUGGAAACAUCGUCUUCACCUCGCCAAAUGAUGCAUGAUAUGGUUUCUGUGUCAACGGUUGGUGCAGGGCCUUCAGUGCAGCUGGUCGAAAGAAUGAGUGCGGCCAUUCGUCGUUUGGAAGCGGAGAAAGUAACGUCCCGAGAAGAGCUGGCGCGCAUAUCGGGACAAAGAGACGAAGCUAGAGCCGAGAUUGUUUCCUUGAUGAAGGAACUGGAGUCGAGCAAGACGGCUUCAAGACGGGUAGCCGAGUUGGAGGGACAGGUUGAGGAUUUGAACUCGAGAUACCAGACAACACUAGAAUUACUCGGGGAGAAGAGCGAGCUAGUAGAGGAGUUGCGGGCUGACGUGCAGGAUGUCAAGGCCAUGUAUCGAGACUUAGUAGAGCGCACCAUCAGAUAAAGGAAUAUCAAGUGCUGAGCACACAAACUGAACGUAUUCUUCAAGCGGC